AAUUUGUGUGUUUAAUCCUUAUUAUCGGUUUCAAGCGACCUCAUUGUCAAACCUGACAAAUUCCAAAUGAUGAAGAAUUCUGACGUCACUAUUUAUUAAAAACCAAAUACUCUACGUACACAACAUUUUUCUUAUUAUAUACUACUUUCCCUUCAGACCAGAACCCAACAAAAAAGAAAAAAAAAACAAGAAGGAUAAGAAAAAAAUGGGGAAUUGUCAAGCGGCGGAAGCAGCGACGGUUUUGAUUCAUCAUCCGGCGGAGAACAAGGUAGAGAGAAUUUACUGGUCGGUUACAGCGAGUGAUGUCAUGAGAUCCAAUCCGGGUCAUUACGUUGCGGUGGUGGUGACGUCACCUACUAUGAAGAACGAGAAAGGAUCACCAUUGAAACAGCUCAAGCUCCUUCGUCCUGACGACACUUUGCUCAUCGGACAUGUCUACCGUCUCGUCAGCUUCGAAGAGGUUUUGAACGAGUUUGUGACGAAGAAGUGUGUGAAGCUUGGGAAGCUAUUGAAAGAAGGAGGAGGGCUUGACUUAACCAAGAAGAAGAAGAAACACAGGAAGAAGUUGGAUCAAGAAACGGGCCGAGUCAACCCGAAUUCUGAUCCGGAUUCGAACCAAGAUGUCCCUAAUGAUGCGGUGGCCGGAGAAAACGGGGGAGAUGGGUUUCUUAGGAGAAGCCACGGUGGAGGAAGAAGUGGCGGUGGGUGGAGGCCAGCUCUGCACAGCAUUCCGGAAUUUGGAUCCUCAUGAGUCAUGAGAGAGCUCUUUAAAAGCCGUAGAUAUUCUUAAAGCAACUAUCCGACAACUUUGAAAGUUUAAUGUAAAGCGAUGUUGCUAUUUUGUGUUGCUUUAAUGAGUUUCAGCCUCGACAAAUAUUUUCAAGAACUUUACUCGCAAUCUCAAUUGUUCUUAUAUUUUAAAGAAAACAAAUUGAAAAAAUCCGAAUCAUAUCAAA